AUGGAAAUAGAGAACGACGAAGACAAUCCUCCAACAAUGGGUGGUGACUAUGGAGGAGACUUCGACUGCAACAUAUGUUUGGAUCAGGUUCGAGACCCGGUCGUGACUUUAUGUGGCCACUUGUUCUGUUGGCCCUGCAUUUACAAGUGGACUUAUUCCACCAACAAUUCAAGACGACCCGUCGACCAAUACGAUAAGAAAGAAUCCCCAAAAUGUCCGGUCUGCAAAUCCGACGUCUCUGACGCUACGCUUGUCCCGAUCUACGGCCGAGGACAGAAAACUCCCCAGUCCGGUUCAUUCGUACCCAACAGACCACCCGGUCCGGUUUAUGACUUGAGAAGAGUCGGUCAACGUUCAGGAGAAGGAGAGAGUCAACAACGGUACAUGUAUAGGAUGCCUGAUCCGGUUAUGGGUGUGGUAUGCGAAAUGGUAUACCGGAGACUGUUUGGAGAAUCGUCCAGCAACGUUGCACCACCGUACCGGAACGAGCGUGACCCGAGUCUCCGGAUAAGAAGGCAGGAAAUGCGGGCGGAGGAGUCACUAAGCAGAGUCUACUUGUUCUUGCUUUGCUUCAUGGCUAUGUGUCUACUUCUUUUCUAA